AUGAUCAACGUAAACGUGGGUGUGCUGGGGCACGUGGACUCGGGGAAAACAAGUCUGUGUAGGUGCCUCAGUGAAGUGCUAAGCACCUGCGCCCUGGACAAACACAGGCAGAGCCAGGAACGGGGCAUCACCAUCGACCUGGGCUUCUCGUCCUUCUACCUAAAAAGGAGGAGAAGCCAAAGGGGCGCGCAAGAAAGUGACAGCCACAGUGAGGAGGUUAAAACGGGGGACAUUCUCAAUGGCAAGCGUUGUGAUGAAGAGCGUGGUGAUGGGGAAGUGACGACCGGGGAGGGGAGUGCCGGCCCACUGAACUGCUCCCCGCCCGAGGAGGAGACGCUGCAGGUUUGUCUCGUGGACUGCCCGGGGCACCACUCCCUCCUGAACUGUAUAAUCAUGGGGGCAGAAAUAACCGACAUGGUACUCCUCCUCAUUGAUAUCACCAAAGGAAUUCAAAAGCAAACCGUGGAGUGCCUCGUCUUGUGUGAGGUCCUCCAAAGAGACAUCGUGGUUGUUUUAAACAAAAUCGAUCUUGUCCCUCCUGAACAAAGAAAAACAAGGGUCAACCUCAUGAAGGACAAAAUAGAACUGGUGUUCAGGAGUAAGCCCGGGUUGAGGAAUCUCAAAUGGUACGUCGUGGGAUUGUCCGCAGACUCGAAGAGGGCAGCACAAGUGACUGCAACGGGGGACGCCCUCACCUCGACCCCCCCAACCGAUUCACACGCACAUCAUGUUAGAGGCAGCGAUUGCGGGGCCAGCGCCUCCCCGCCGAGAAGCGAAAACGUGCGUCAACUGAUUAACCUCCUCAAAGAGGUCAUCAGAGUGCCGGCGAGGAGGGGAAACAGACCACGCGCUGGUGGUGGCGGUAGCGGCAGCGGUGAUGAGGACGAAGACGAGGGAGAAGGACAGCCGCGGAACCACCCAGAUGAAUUUUACUUCCUCUACGACCACACGUUCGAUGUGAAAGGAAAAGGAAGAGUGUACACGGGCACAGUCAUCCGAGGCACUAUCACAAAAAACACCACAGUGUCAAUAUUACCAAUGAAAGAAAAAGGAAAGGUUAAAGCAAUUCAAAGUUUUAAGCAGACAGUCGAUGAAGGAACCCAAGGGAACAGACUGUCCCUCCUCAUCUGCAACGACCACAUAAGAAGCACUGGGAAGAAAACUGAAAGAGGUGUUAUCGUAACUGAAUUUUCUAACAUAUCUCACUUUACCACUUUUAUAUGUAGAGUGAAAUUAGUUCAGUACUACGGGAGGAGUGUGAAUAGUGGUGAGUUACUCUCUUGUGUUAUUGGCUUUUCUACCUCCCCUUGCUAUGGGUACUUUUUUCGUCCUAUUAAUAAUCACAAGACCACUGGGGGGGAAAACCCAUCCCAACACAACAACACAAAUAAAAAAAAAAAAUUUGACCCGAAAGGAAAUUAUCUCCUCAUCAACCAGCUAACAUACAAACAGGAAAAGGAAAACAAAGAAGAAGAAGAAGAAGAAGAAGAAGAAGAAGAAAAAAAAAAAAAAAAAACAUCAACUGAUAAUCUCAACUCAAAUGAAUACAAUACAAAAGACAUUGAAAAUAAAAACCCCACCAGUGAUGAAGAUAUUUUCUUCUUAGUGAUGCUCAAAAAAAAAAUACACUGCUAUACAAAGGAGAAAUGUAUUUUUAUAAAAAAUGAAGAAAAUUUAAACUGUAGAAUUUGCCUGCAUGGAAUUAUUGAGGAUAUCGUUGACCAUGGUUAUCCUCAACAGAAGGCUCCUUUCAUCGUGGGAAAAAAACCCACUCUUCAUGACUUCCCCCGUUUUAAUAGCUUUAAACUGUUAACUCAAAAACGCAAGGUGGGACAGAUCGAACGUAUACAAGACAACCACACGGUCAUUUGUAAAAACAUGUUUCAAUGCUCUACUCAAGUCACUCCAUACAUGAGACAACAGGUUUGUCUCGUCCAUGCAGGUCACAAAAAUGAUGUAAGUGAUGUCCACGUCAGAUACGUUGGUGUUGUAACAGCUCCGUUUGCAAAAAAUGGAAAAUUCAUCGCCCACUUUGAGGACGACCUUUCCUCUGUGAAGGAAAAUUACAAAUCCUUUCUCCUCCUCAUCAACUACUACAAGGACGCACUCACAAAGAGGAAGGUCUUUCUGUGA